CAAAAUAUUUCCGAAAUUUCGUGUGAGAUCACAUAUUGCUUUUUUACGAAUACUGAUUUUCGAUCGCGUAAUUUGAAGUAUGAUUAAACUUAUGUCAGUUAAAUACCGCCUAUGUUCUCUGGGAAGUUCCUACGAAGUGAUUGAAGAUGCCUGCCGGGAUAGAUCAGGUUUCUUUAGUUUAUUGGAAUCCAGGAAAUUCAGGAUUGUGAGGCGCUGCUUUGCGAAAUACCUGAGUGAAGGCAUACCCUCUUAUCCUAUAUAUUAUUGGUUCGUCCUCAUAUUUAGUCUAUACGGAGCGAUACACAGCCUUUCCCAGUUUAGGAGGUCAAUCCUCACCAAUAAGGUUGAUGGGAGCUUCGAAAAUCCAAAAAAUAAGAGAAGACUCAGAAUGGCUGGAGCAUUUAUACAAGCCAAUAUCUGGAUGCAUCUGUUGUAUGCGGCUUUAUUGGUUUCACCUCAUCACAUGGCUCCCUGGUUAUUCGUCCAUUUGGGGAUACUUGCUUGCAAGUUGACUGCGGCGACCAUUAAAGGACACUUCAGAUGCCAGGGUGAUCUUCGAACCCGGACCACAAUAAAUGCAAUUGUAUAUGUGCUGGUUAUAGGUCUAGUUUACCUGGCUAUGAGGUCAUUUACCACUGCCUUAGCAAGGGAUGUUCCAGAAAACCUAAGGCUCUGCUUGAAAUUCAUAAAUCCUUUGCUCAAAUAUGUAAGAGGCCAUUGAAAGAUUAUAUAUGUUAAAAAUG